AUGAACGCGAUCCAGCAAAAAUGUCGCCCGAAGCAUCAGGUCUUGGUCCUGAAGUGCUAUCCGCGGACGACAAAGGGCGCUGUUGAUGUCAAGCCUAAUUCCAGCGAGCUGAGCUACUUGCUGUUCUAUGCUACUUCGCGCCGCUCCAAAAUCCAGAAGAUUGGGUCCUUUCUGGAGAAAAAGACAGCCAGCGAUGUCUGGCGUCAGCGCAUCGGAAAUGUUCAAGUGACUCUGCGAAUCCUUACGGCCUUGAUCGAAAAGGCCCCGAAGGACCUGCCACUCGUCGCUCCCAAUGUGUUGAAAAUUCUCGACCUCAUCCUCGGCUCCAAGGAUAUAACCAUGGUCGAAUCAUCUAUUCCUACUUUCGAAGCCUUCUGCGAGAACCACGAUACGUCGUCUUCCUUCGCCGACCAAGCCUAUCUCGCCCAAUACGAAUCCAUCGUCCGCACUUAUGCCUCCCUCGCCUCCACCCGCCAAAACCCUGGAAAGGGAGCCUCCAGCAAACCCGUGCUGAUGCGGUGGAGGAACGCUGGCUUGGAAGCAAUCAGGAGCGUGUCCUCAUCUGAGGCGUUAUCAUCUGUUACUGGCCGUCAGUUUGAUGUUAUUGUUCCCGUCAUACUGGACAAUCUGUGGUGGGACGAUGACGAGCUUCUGGAGACCAUACUUGGGCGGAUACGGAUGGAGGAGAAGGUCCAAACAGAAAAGCUUCGCCGUAGGACGAGCGUUGCGACUCAAGGGACUGGCGAAACAGGCGAGGCAAACCCCAUUGCCUUGACAGGAACGGCCAUGGACGUCGACAAGCUCGCCGAAGAGGAUGUUGGUGUGCUCGCCUUGCAGUGCUUGAAGCAGAUCUUCAUCACGCCCAACCGACCGCAAAUCCACUCCGCCACGGCCGCUCUUUUCCAGUUCAUCGAGAAACGUGUUGCAAAUGGCGACUCCGUUGUCAAGACAGACGAGAAAUCCGCCAAGGAUCACGGGUGGGCAAUCAGUGUUUACGACACCGUUGCACGGUGGGCGCCGGUACAGGACCGUUAUGUUAUCUUGGUGACGGCUUUGGAUCAUCUUGUAAAGGCCCCCGUGAAGGACGACAAUCUCAAGAUUCAUCUGGUCUUGACCGCCAUGAUUGGUUCUUUGCUGCGGUCCGACGUCAAUCUCAUCGGACUCAGCGCAAUGGAUGUCUUGCUGGGUCUGAUUCAGCACAUGAAGAAGCUCAUCCAACUACCUGGAGGGCUCAGUAAGGGGGAAGCAGAGAUCGACGGAGGGCCACCUUCCUCGCCUCAGGCUUCUGCAGAAGUCGCUGCUCAAAGGCGGGAACUGCUUGACCGCAUCCAGUCGUGCAUUGGGGACUUGGCAACACACGUUUAUUACGCGGAUCAGAUUUCAGACAUGAUCUCGACGAUUCUACUGCGACUGAAGCCUUCCAAGCCUUCAAGCGCCAAUUCGUCGCCCCAGGGAGAGAACGCCGAGCCAGUUUCACAGGAUGACGCAAACGGGAGCCAAACUUCGCAUCUUGAGACAUACCUCUCACGCAAUGUGGCCAAGACCGCGGCCUUGAAGGCCAUCAAGAACAUUCUUCUUGUGGCCAACCCGAGGGCACAGAUGUCUGGCAACCUGAAUCUGUCAAGAAAUAAGGUUCCCAUCCAAACAUGGGAAAACACGCAGUGGCUCCUGCGCGACCCGGAUGGCGAGGUCAGGAAGGCGUAUGUUGAUGCGCUGUUAACAUGGCUCGACCGAGAAACCACAGCGGCAGACUUGAAGGCUCGGGAUGAGAACGCUCAGCACCACCGAUCGUCAUUGAAGAAUAGCCGCGAGCUCCAACCCGGCAGCGCCGCUCAGCGGGCUGCCUCCAGCGCUUCCAACAACCGAGACAAGCCUUCCCGGCAUCGCUCGCACUUCCUGCAGCUUCUCCAUAUCGCCAUCUACGACAAUGCGUUGCAGUACGUUGACUACGACUACGAUAUGGUUCUGCUGCAUGUGCUCCUAAACAAGUUGGUAAUCCGACUGGGCGUUAAUGCAGUUCAGUACGGAUUGCCCAUGGUUUUCCGUCUGCAGGAAGACAUUCCCGACGCUGAGACACCUGUGCAGAAGGUACGCCUUGGCAGUCUCGCCCAUGGGUACUUCUGGGCCGUUACCGAACGAUUCGACAUUGAAAACUCCGUUGUCGGUCGUGCGAUUACGAACGAGGUCAUUCGACGCCGCAGCAAGCACUUUUGGACCGAGGGCGUUGCCAUCCCGCCACCACCAAUGGAGACUAUCACUCCAGGCGUGCCCACGUCGCUCACCAAGAUGCCUGCCAACGAGGUCGAGUCAGAAGCCCUCUUGCCAUUCGAUGACCGAACAUCACUCGUUGAGAGCAUUGCUGCAAGCUACAUCGACACCAGUAUUUCACCACCAUCUAGCCCACCUCAAUCUCCCGGACGCAACUUUUCUCAUCCGAUCCUUAGUUCGUCGCUUAGCACAGUUCCUGCUGUUCCUGGAAACGAGUUGCCCACAGUGUUUCGCGAGCACAUGCUAGCGGAAUGGUCGAAAGAGUCGGCGAUGCUGGCCCUCCAAGCGGGAAGCAAGUCGGAGUCGUUGGCUGGCUCAAAGACCGGCACUAUGGGAACCAACCGACACUUGACGGUCAAUGGCGCUAACGGCCACACGGGGGCUUCCUCACCGGCUGGCAGCCAGCAAGGCCUGCGUCCAAACACCGCACAGACACACGGUGGCUUGUCUCCCAUGAGCAAGCUGCGCAAGAGCAGUGUCCGCAGUGGUGUGUCGCCGUCUCCCUCUGAUUCUAGCAGGGGCAUUGUCGCGUCCGUCGACCAGCUCAAGGCUAUUCUCACAGGGCAAGUACCAGCGACACCAAUAGGCACCUCGGCCGGGCUGCACCAUGACAGUGAUAGCGACAGCAUGGUCAGCUACGACUUCACGCCAUCUGAGCUCAGCUUCAACCCGGCGACUUCACAGGGAGAAAACGGCGGUGGGGCAUCGCUAGGCCGCACACGAUCGGCGUCGCAGUCAAGCAAGGGCGGGCCACUAAACUCCAACCCGCUGUAUGAGCAGAAUGAAGGCGAGGAGGUGCCGCCAGUGCCGCCACUACCAGGGCACAUCGGCGGGCUCACUUCUUCGAUAUCCAUCCAGGAUUAUGCGGUGAAGCCGGCAAGGAGGGAUCUAAGCAGCAGGGGCGGUGAUAGUCUGUAUCACGGGUCAAAUAGAGGAGACAUGUCGAUGGUUUCGGGAGGAGGAAUGGAUUUGCACGAGCUUCUUAAUGGGAUUGACAGCCGAGCAGGGGAGCUCAGCUUGGGGAAUGUGACGAAGCCGCCUUACUAA